AUGAACCGUUUCACGCAAUUUGACGAAGUGAGCUUUCUCUCACCGACCAACUGCGAAAUCGUCUAUACAUCUCUACAGGACUCGUACCGCCUCCCCGAAGGGGUAAAGCGCAUUGCUUAUGACGCGGACUCCCAGCGGUAUCUGUUCCGUGAUCGUCUUGGACAGCUCUACCAGAAUGAGCCAGGAGAUGAAUAUGGUGUCUUGCAACCAGUCAAAUGCCCGAUACCGCCUUGUCGCAGUGUUACUAUCAUCGGCGAGUCGUGUACUACUCAGAGCAUUGGAGUUUGGUCCUAG